AGCACAGGAAUGUAUCUAUACUUUAGCAGAUAUUUGCACACUGAUACUAAUAUUCGCGCCUCCUCUUAUACUAGUCCACGCCUCCCCAGGGAUGCGCGCCUCACAGUUAGGAAAACGCUGCACUAAAUUAUUUAUAAAUUUAUUGAAUGAUGAUGAUAGAUUGUUGUAAUGUGUGUAUGAUCAUUCGGUGUUUCAGUUGCUAUGGAAACUGAUAGGAUGUAUCGGUUUUGGGUUUGACGCGCGUCCCCCCAAAUUGUUAAGUAUUCAUGUUUGAGCGAUUGUCAUCAAAAUUGUGCGGUGUUCGAUGGGAUUGGAGAGCAGAAUGGACGAGGAGGUGGAGUGCAAGCACAUCGAGGAGAUCAUCGACGCGCGUAAGAGGAGCGGCCAAUACGACGCGCUGAUUGGCGGCGGUGGAGGCGGAGCGACGAAGGGUCCGAGCGCGAGGUACGCCUACUCGAAGCCCGCCUGUCCAAUAGAGGAGGUCCGCAGAGAUGAAUUCGCAAUGUACAACAUCGAAGGCGACAAUUUGAACGAAACGCGACCGACGGACUCCGAGAUCACGCUGAUCCGGGUGAAACGCGAGGGUUCGCAGUUGCGGACGCAGCUGCAGCACAACACCAAUUGGGAUAUGCACGACAGGGCGGUGCCCGGCGACGGAUCGCAUCUGGGCGAGAGUCCGUCAUUGGUGAAUCUGGUGACGUUGGUGGUGCCCUCCAAGGAGAUGCUGAAGACGCGCCGCGGGAGUCGCGAAGUUGAGUACAUGGUGCCGCUGUCCUCGUGGGAACCUGCGGAACCGACGCUCGUCGAGUAUCCGGAGGAGGAAAAUGUCCGGACGGCCGGUAGCAGCUCGACCAUCAAGGAUCUCUUCAGGUGCUUCAUCUUCUGGAGGCGGAACUCGGCCGCUCGAGCCAAGGAAGACGACGAAGAGUAA